UUUGUGAAGAAAAAGCCUGAGUAUUCUUUCCCUGUAGGACACAAGUGUUAUUUUUGGAGCAGAGGUUCAUAGCCUGAUCUCUGUCUAAACUAAUUGCCGUUCUUUGGGAGGCUGUGGUCUGGGCGGCUGUGAGUGAUCUUGGUGGAGGGAAGCUUCCUGGCUGCAUGAGGGAACGUGAGCAAAGAUGUCGAGGGGCCAUCCUGAAACUUCACUGCCCUGGGUCUCCAUACAAGGCUCCUUCACGUACAGAUUGUGCCUAGAAGUCUCGACCACAUGUGUGAAGUGGUCUGCUUUUCCUGUUUAUGUCAUUUCAUAGGAUGUUUGAGGUCAAGGUGAUCCCUUCCCCGCCUUCAAUCUCUGAACUUUAGGUCACAGAUUCCCCAGAACUAAGAAAGCCAUAGCUGGGCAGUCACUGCAGGCUGUUUGGGGUGCAGAGGCUGUGAGAGAGCCACAGCCCACCUAAGGGCCACAACUUGAGUUCCUGAGGGCCUCUGGGAAGAGGUCUUAGGACUCGAAGUUCAAAGCAUCCCCUUCUGUAACCUGGUCCGCUUCAGGCUGCUAAACACCAGGAGGAAAAUCUCUCCGGCUUUUCACAGCUCCUCUUUCUGACCUGUCAUUCCUGGGAGUUUACAGAGCCUCAGCCUGCUAGGAAACAUGUAAAAGCAGAAACAGUUGAAAACACUGCUGUCAGCAACAAAUAACGCCUCAUUCUGACUCCCUUCCUUUGGAAAUGGGUAGCUGUGUAUUCAGGGAGCAGGUGUGUGUGGAGAAAGGCCGGGCGAUGCCCAAGAAGACCCUGCAGCAGGUGUUUCAGGCUCUUGCCACCUCCGGGGAUGGCAGGUGACUUGUGAUGUGCCCUUCCUUGGCAGGCUAUACAUAGCCAGCAAAGCCUCUUACAACAAAAGCCUCUUUCUGCAGCCCGCACCAGUCCUGCAGAUCAGAGGCCUUCCUGUAAAUCCCCUGCAAGCUUUUGAGCCUUGGAACCUAAACCAGACAGCUGGCUCCCAGAACUGACGGAGUCCCCUGUAGCCUUCCAUCUUUCCUUUUCUUUUCCUGGAGAGCCUGCCCUGUCCUCAGCCAUGGUCGACAUGGGAGGCCUGGACAACGGGAUCACCAACACCGCCUACCUGCAGGCCCGGAAGACCUCUGACAGCGGCGACAGCAGGGAGCUACAGCGGCAGGCCCAGAGCCUGGUGCUGCCCAGGCCGCAGUGCUGCGCCCGGCUCCUCCAGGCCCUGCCCCCGGACAUCGAUAGCCUGUGCGAGCUGCAGCCCAUCGGCCGCGGCCUCUUCAAGGACUUCCUAGCCACGGUGGCCCUGUACCAAGAGGCUUUGGUCUUCCUUGAGGAGGUGCAGAGCUAGGAGCUGGCUAAGGAGGGCCCAGCCAAAGGCAGCGCACUGCAGGGGCUGGUGGCCACUUGUGUGGCUGCCCCUGGCCCAGGGAACCCACACCCCUUUCUCAGCCCAGCUCUGGCCACCUAGUGCCAUGUGACCACCUAGUGCCAUGUAUCCACCAUUGAGGAAGGGGGAGCUGCCCUGGUGGCGCUGGCCAAGGUAGAGGCCAUGGCCUUCUUGCAGGACCAGCCCUUCCGGGAUUCCCUGGCCAGCCCCUUCUGUGACAAGUUUCUGCAGAGGAAAGUCUUUGAGAUGCAACCAGUGUCAGACAAGCACUUCACUGAGCUUCAUGUGCUGGGGAAAGGUGGUUUGGGGGAGGUGUGUGCUAUCCAGGUGAAAGGUAAGAUAUGUGCCUGUAAGAAACUGGACAAGAAGCACCUGAAGAAGAAACAUGGCAAGAAAAUGGCUGUUUCAGAAAAGGAACUGAGGAUCAGCAACCCUUCCAUCGUCUCUCUGGCCUAUGCCUUUGAGAGCAAGUCCCAUCUCUGCCUGGUCAUGAGCCUCAUGAAUGGGGGAGACCUCACGUUCCACAUCUACAGUGUGGGCCCGCGGGGCCUGGUCAUGAGCAGGGCGGUCUUUUGAGCCCAGAUGACCUGUGGGGUGCUGCACCUGCCCCUCGGCAUCGUCUACCAGGACCCGAAGCCUAAGAAUGUGCUUCUGGACGACCUCGGCAACUGUAGGCCUUCCGACCUGGGGCUGGCCGUGCAGAUCCGAGAUGGCAAGCCUGUCACCCAGAGGGCUGGAACCAAUGGUGAUAUGGCUCCUGAAGUCCUAAUGGAAAAAGUGAGUUAUUCCUACCCUGUGGACUGGUUUGCAAUAGGGUGCAGUAUUUAUGAACUAGUUGCUAGAAGAACACCAUUCAAAGGUUAAAAGGAAAGAGUCAGUAAAGAGGAAUUAAAGCAAAGAACCCUAAAAGAAGAGGUCAGAUUCCACCAUGAUAAUUUCACAGAGGAAGCAAAAGAUAUUUGCAGACUCUUCUUGGCUAAGAAACCAGAGCAACACUUGGGAAGCAGAAAAGAAAAGUCUGAUCAUCCCAGAAAACACCCAUUCUUCAAAACCAUCAACUUUCCUUGCCUGGAAGCUGGCCUAGUUGAACACCCUGAUGUGCCACGCCCUUCAGUGGUUUAUGCCCAAGACAUCGAUGAAACUGAAGAUUUCGCUGAGGUUCAGGGAGUCGAAUUUGAUGAUAAAGAUAAGAAGUUCUUCCAAAGAUUUAUAUCAGUUGCUGUCCCCAUAGCAUGGCAGGAAGAGAAUAUAGAAACAAGACUUUUUGAAGAAUUGAAUGACCCCAACAGGCCUGCAGGUUGUGGGGAGGGCAAUUCAUCCAAGUCUGGUGUGUGUUUGUUGUUAUAA